AUGGGGAAUAUGUUAGAUCGAUUGGAGAGAUACCCAUCGGUCUUCAACAUUUAUUGUCAAACUGUUCUUGUCAAACAUGAUGUUGAUAUGGGAGAUGCUGCACCCGUAAAAUUACCUCUCUAUCGUGUGAAUCCUCAUAAACAGCAGCUACUAGAGGAGGAGUUGAGGUAUAUGCUGGACUACGGCAUUAUCAAGCGUACCUACAGUGAGUGGAGCUCGCCUGUUACAGAGUCUAGCCUAAUAAGCCUCAUGGUCAGGCUCUGCAUAGACUUCAGGAAGGUGGAUUCUUUUUCUAAAAUAGAAAUUUACCCCUCCCUUGUGUAG